GAAAGUGGGGACCGUCGUUCCCACUGGCGGGAACCGAAGGAGCCGAGGCAGCGUUGGGGCGGAGACCAGGUGGCACCCGCGGCGCUGCAAGGACACACAAGCUGUUGCGAGGGGGUCAACCUCUCCGGGUCUUGGCUUAGGAACCUGGGACGAUUACACCCUAAAAGCGCUUGGAAAAACUGCAGAACUCGUGCUGCUUUUCGCCAAAGCUACUACCCCGUCGUGAGGGCAGGAAGCCCUGCGAGGCCCCUGCGAGGACGCAAACGCCGCGAAGCAAGUCCUCCACACCUCCAUCCCUGGUUUGGUAAAAUGUAGACUCUGACCCACAGCCGAAAGGAAAGAAAGACGGGGGUCGGGCAAGGCCCCUCCGGGGGCGGGCUCAGCCGGAGUCUGGCCGAGCUGCGCGCGGCUACAGUGGUUCCGCGGCCUCGCGCUGAGCGCCUCCCGCCGUCUCCCACCGCGGUCCCCACCGCCCUCCACAAGGCUCGGCACCUCCCGCCACCUCCUCGGUCGCUGCGGCAGCUCCUGCUCCUCACAGCCGCUAAACCCAGGCCUAUCCCGCGGUCGGGCCUCCUCGGCCCUCUUCGUCGUGACGAAUCGGCGCCCGGCUGGGAAAGUAUCCAAAUUCGGGGAGUUUUGAGGAUCCAGUGGGGCCUGAAAAAAAUCCCUGAGUGUGCUAAGCAUCACCGCAUCCUCAAUAGAAGGUUCAUUUUUUCUAAAGAGGGUCGGGUGGGGCCCGGAAAAAAAAUUAAGAAGAGUGUGGAAAGUGCGAGUGCGGAAGCUCCGGACGCGAGGGGCGGGGCUUGCGCGGGACAAAGGGAAGCGAAGCCGGAGCUGCGGGCGUAUUUUCUGCCCGCGGUGUCUCAGAUUCAUUCUUAAGGAACUGAGAACUUAAUCUUCCAAAAUGUCAAAAAGACCAUCUUAUGCCCCACCUCCCACCCCAGCUCCUGCAACACAAAUGCCCAGCACACCAGGGUUUGUGGGAUACAAUCCAUACAGUCAUCUCGCCUACAACAACUACAGGCUGGGAGGGAACCCGGGCACCAACAGCCGGGUCACGGCAUCCUCUGGUAUUACGAUUCCAAAACCCCCAAAGCCACCAGAUAAGCCGCUGAUGCCCUACAUGAGGUACAGCAGAAAGGUCUGGGACCAAGUAAAGGCUUCCAACCCUGACCUAAAGUUGUGGGAGAUUGGCAAGAUUAUUGGUGGCAUGUGGCGAGAUCUCACUGAUGAAGAAAAACAAGAAUAUUUAAACGAAUACGAAGCAGAAAAGAUAGAGUACAAUGAAUCUAUGAAGGCCUAUCAUAAUUCCCCCGCGUACCUUGCUUACAUAAAUGCAAAAAGUCGUGCAGAAGCUGCUUUAGAGGAAGAAAGUCGACAGAGACAGUCUCGCAUGGAGAAAGGAGAACCAUACAUGAGCAUUCAGCCUGCUGAAGAUCCAGAUGAUUAUGAUGAUGGCUUUUCAAUGAAGCAUACAGCCACCGCCCGUUUCCAGAGAAACCACCGCCUCAUCAGUGAAAUUCUUAGUGAGAGUGUGGUGCCAGACGUUCGGUCAGUUGUCACAACAGCUAGAAUGCAGGUCCUCAAACGGCAGGUCCAGUCCUUAAUGGUUCAUCAGCGAAAACUAGAAGCUGAACUUCUUCAAAUAGAAGAACGACACCAGGAGAAGAAGAGGAAAUUCCUGGAAAGCACAGAUUCAUUUAACAAUGAACUUAAAAGGUUGUGCGGUCUGAAAGUAGAAGUGGAUAUGGAGAAAAUUGCAGCUGAGAUUGCACAGGCAGAGGAACAGGCCCGCAAAAGGCAGGAGGAAAGGGAGAAGGAGGCCGCAGAGCAAGCUGAGCGUAGUCAGAGCAGCAUCGUUCCUGAGGAAGAACAAGCAGCCAACAAAGGCGAGGAGAAGAAAGACGAUGAGAACAUUCCAAUGGAGACAGAAAAAAAUUGCCAGCUCUGUCCUAGAAAAACCCUUACUUCUAGGUAUACUGAUUUUCCUGAUUAAAAGCAUCCCUCAAGGAAACAGCCCAGCAUGACUUUAAACAAAGUGUCUAAAAGAUCAACCUUAUAUUAUUUCUACAACUGCUUUCUCCUCGUUUAAUCCAUAGCACUACAGACUAACUCUCAUUCACUGUCCAACAGAAAUAAAAUGCAAGUCACAUGUGAAAUUUUAUAUUUUCUACUAAUGACCUAUUUUUAAAAGUUAAGCAAAACAAGUGUUUUAACAAUAUGUUUUAUUUAAUUCAACAUAUCAUAAAUAAAAUUAUUUCAACACGGAAGGAACAUUUUUAAAAUCAGCUUUUGUUUUUUUAAACAGUCUUUAAAAUAUACAUUGGAUUUUUUAAAUCCAAUGUAUAUUUUAUACUUUUAUACACAUCUCAAUUCAGAAGCUAAAUUUUCAUCGGAAGUAUUUGAUCUGCAUUUAUUUAAUACAUUUCAUUAAUUUACAGCUAAAAAGUAGAUUUUCAUACCUAAAUUGUUCCAACAUUCUUAAAAGUUCUUUAGUCACACUAAAUGACCCAUUUCAGGAGUUUAAUAACCACAUGUGGCUAGUGGCUUCUAUAUUGGACAGCACAGCUGUAUACUGUCAGCAUAACUAGAGUAAAAUUUCAUCUUGGAACUGACAGUGACAAAUGUGUGAUUACAGAGGAGACACACCUUGAAGAAACGACAGAGAGCCAACAGAAUGGUGAAGAAGGCACGUCUACUCCUGAGGACAAGGAGAGUGGGCAGGAGGGGGUCGACAGUAUGGCAGAGGAAGGAACCAGUGAUAGUAACACUGGCUCGGAGAGCAACAGUGCAACAGUAGAGGAGCCACCAACAGAUCCCAUACCAGAAGAUGAGAAAAAAGAAUAAGUGUUGCCUUGUUUUAUGUGUUCUAAAUACUUUUUUAAAUGAAAAAAAUGUUUUUUGGUUUUAA